UGACGCCUGGGAGCGCCAAUAGGGUGGGUGGAGCUGCUGACUCCGCCCCCCGAAGGAAAGGGUUAACGGUUUCCGGUAGCGGUGUCUAGGAGGGGCGGGUGAAAUGAGGAGGUGGUGAGGCUGUGUCCCCUGACUCUUGGACCGCCUGCGACCCCCCCGCAUCUCCGCACCCUCAAGACACCUCCAAAGAUGAUGGGCUGUGGAGAGUCAGAGCUGGAGUUGGCGGACGGGGAAGAAGCCGCGGCGGUCUCGGGACCACCCCCGGAGCCCCGAGCCCCGGAACCCCGAGCCCCACUGCCCGAGCCCGGCCUGGACUUGAGCCUGAGCCUGCGGCCCGACAGCCCUGAGCCGCGUCACUGCAGCCCCGGGCGGCGGAAGGGGCGGGGGGUGCAUCGGGGCGCGGCUCGGCAGCGACGGCAGGUCCGUUUCCGCCUGACGCCGCCCUCCCCGGUGCGGUCCAAGCCGCAGCCUGCGGUGCCGCAGGAGCUGGAGAUGCCAGUGCUGCAGAGCAGCCUGGCCUUGGGCCUGGAGCUGCGGGCCACAGCCGGGAGCCACUUUGAUGCCGCGAAGGCCGUGGAGGAACAGCUAAGAAAGUCGUUCCAGAUCCGCUGCGGCCUGGAGGAGAGCGUGUCCGAGGGGCUGAACGUGCCGCGCUCCAAGCGGCUCUUCCGGGACCUGGUGCGCCUGCAGGUGCCGGAGGAACAGGUUCUGAACGCUGCGCUCAGGGAGAAAUUGGCUCUCCUGCCGCCACAGACUCGAGCCCCGCCCCCAAAGGAGCCACCUGGGCCGGGGCCAGACAUGACCAUCUUGUGUGACCCAGAAACACUGUUUUAUGAAUCUCCACACCUGACCCUGGACGGUCUGUCCCCUCUCCGGCUUCAACUCCGGCCCCGCCCUUCAGAGGACACCUUCCUCAUGCACCGGACACUGAGGCGAUGGGAAGCGUAGUAGACCCCAAAGAUCCCUGGAGGGCUAGUUCGUAUUUUUCUGUUAAACUAUUUGUUAGAAUAAACUAAUUUUGCUAAUAAA